AUGCAGGACGAGGUGGCGCAGCGCACGGUGCUGCGCUCCCGCCGCAACUCGGACCUGGACGACGACCCGGAGGUCUACGGCACGGAGCCCGGCAGCAACUACGAGAACCGCAAGUGGAGCAUGGAGGAGACCGUGGAGGUGGACGACGACAACGAGGACCAGUGGAUCAGCAGCCCGCACACGCUGACCGCGGGAUUCCUGCUCAUGCUCUGGAUCGUGUACGCGGCCUUCCACGAGCCCGUGCAGCAGCUGGAGGACCCGGCGGAGCAGUACGCGGCCGACGUCAAGCGCGGCGUCAAGUACGCCUGCGCCUUCUUCCUCACGUACUGCAGUCUGCAGCUGCCCGACGGUCACUUCGUGCGCCCGCACCCGAUCGUGUGGCGGCUGCUCACGGGGCUCUUCAUCCUCUACGAGAUGCUGCUCAUCGUGCUGCUGUUCCUGCGCACGAGCGACGCCCGCCAGUUCAUGAAGGUCUUCGACGCGAACCUGGGACAGAAACUUCCGGAGACGUCGUACGCCGCCGACUGCCGCGUUUUCACGCCCGAGAACCCGGAGUCGCCCAUCGCCAACAUCAGGGCGACGUUCUUCGACCGGUUCGUGAUCAUGCACUUCUUCGGCUGGAUCGUGGGCUCCAUCAUGGUGCGCAGCAAGAUGAUCUCGUGGAUCCUGAGCGUCAUGUUCGAGCUGUACGAGAUCACGUUCAGCCACUGGCUCGCCAACUUUAACGAGUGCUGGUGGGACCACCUCUUCUUCGACAUCUUCACGUGCAACGCGGCGGGUAUCUACCUGGGAAUGAAGAUCUGCCGGUACUUCGAGAUGCGCCGCUUUAACUGGGUGGGCAUCCGCAAGAUCCCCAACUUGAGUGGCAAGGCCAAGCGCGCGCUGGCGCAGUUCACGCCUGCCUACUGGAUGGCGUACGACUGGAAGAUCUUCCGAUCGGCGGAGCGCUUCUGGCGCGUCAUGUCGAUGGUCACGAUCCUGUCGGUCAUGAUGCUCAACUCGUUCUUCCUCAAGACGGUGUUGUGGGUGCCGGCGAGCAGCAACGUCAACAUCUACCGCCUUGCGGUCUGGUACUCGGCUGGAAGCUACGCGGUGGCGGAGUACUACAUCUUCUGCUCCUUCACGAUGAGCUACAACGGCGGCAAGAAGAUGCCAGUGAGGAAGCUGGGUCCGCGCGCAUGGCUGGGCAUCGCCGUCGUCGUCACUGAGGUGCUGGUGAUCGUUAAGCACGGCCAAGGCAUGUUCACGGAGCCCUUCCCGCUCUACGUCAAGCUCAUCUGGGCAGCGAUUUUCGCCGUGCUCGUGCUCGGCUCGACCAUCUACUUCAAGUUCUUCAACAAGCCGCUCGAUGAGGACAAGAAGACGCAGUAG